AUGGAGAUCUUCCGCAGAGGACAGCGCGAACAGCUCCCGGCGCUGCUGAGGCCUAACUCGACCGCCGGCUGGUGGGGGUUCUUCCGUCGCCCUAGCCGCGACUGCUGCGGUCGCGAGCCAGAAUGUCGUCACUCACCAGUGCCCGACGCAUUUACAUCAUCACGCUGCGACGAGCUGAUAGGCAAAGAGCAAGGACUGGUCGAGCCCACGCUCUCGGCCGCGCGGCACGCUGGGAAACGUAGUUCAACGACUGAACGCGGCUUCUCGGAAAGGAAGAGGGAGCAGGGAGAAAGUCUCCAGAGCGCCGCAGAGGCACAAAGCCAAGGGGUCCUUUUGCUGUUCUUGGCUCCAGGUGACACUCCGCAGCUUCCCACAGGCAAUGGGCAGGUGGAGAGGGUGGAGCCUGAGAUGUUUUUGGAAGCCGCUGAGCUAACUGGUAUCCCUGACUGUUCUCACCUAGGUGCAAGCAUCAUUCUGCAGCUUCUGUUCCAUGCUAAGGUUCCAAACCCUUCUUGCACAGAGCAACCAACCCUCUCCAGGCUCAAAUUACUAAGAAGUACAUCUUUUCCUUUAAAGUUGAUUAAGCAUCAGUAUCUCUUCCAAGCUGAAAAUAUUAUAGAAGAUGCCAAUUGUUUGCAGAGGACUCUGCUAGAUGCUAGACGUUCUUCGCCCAGGGUCGCCGCGGUUUCUUGCUUCAACAGUGCUUGGACAGAACCCGGCGCUCGCCCCCCACCCUGGCCGGCCGCCCACAGCCAGCCCUCCGUCACCUCCACACCGCGUCCUCGGACCGCCCCGAGGCCCCCCGCCGCCUCUCCAGCGCCGGGCAGACACCGCCCCCGCCGCCUCUCCUUAGCAGCCGCCGUGACGACCGCAUUACCUUCGCAGGUGCGCCAGAACUACCACCAGGACUCAGAGGCCACCAUCAACCGCCAGAUCAACCUGGUGCUCUACGACUCCUAUGUUUACCUGUCCAUGUCUUACUACUUUGACCGCGGUGAUGUGGCUUUGAAGAACUUUGCCAAGCACUUUCUUCACCAAUCUCAUGAGGAGAGGGAACAUGCCGAGAAACUGAUGAAGCUGCAGAACCAGCGAGGUGGCCGCAUCUUCCUUCAGGAUAUCAAGAAACCAGACCAUGAUGACUGGGAGAGCGGGCUGAAUGCGAUGGAGUGUGCAUUACAUUUGGAAAAAAAUGUGAAUCAGUCACUACUGGAACUGCACAAACCGGCCACUGACAAAAAUGACCCCCAUUUGUGUGACUUCAUUGAGACACAUUACCUGAAUGAGCAGGUGAAAUCCACCAAAGAAUUGGGUGACCACGUGACCAACUUGCGCAAGAUGGGAGCACCCCAAUCUGGCUUGGCAGAAUAUCUCUUUGACAAGCACACCCUGGGAGACAGUGAUAAUGAAAGCUAAGCCUUAGGCUAAUUUCCCCAUAGCCACGGGGUGACUUCCCUGGUCACCAAGGCAGUGCAUGCAUAUUGGGGUUUCCUUUACCUUUUCUAUAAGUUGUGCCAAAACAUCCACUUAAGUUCUUUGUACCAUUCCUUCAAAUAAAGAAAUCUGGUACCC